AUAUCACACAGUUCGACCAAAUCCAUCAAAUGUUGGUGACUACGACUCAUUUAUAAGAGCUUAUUACAUUUGCUCGUUUAUACCAACCACUCAAAGUCAGAAAUAUCCCUCGAGGGACUCGGAAACGCGUAGCACAGCUACUUCACCAUGGCUGCUAUGCGAGGGCCGCGUCUUCAAGUCGGCUCAGCUGCUUGGGUUGAGGAAGAGCGAUCAUCUGCCCUUCAGAUCGUUCAGUCAGAAGUGGAAGAAUUUACCUUCUCUGUUAGAAACGAGGUUGAGUGGCUGAAUGAACACCUCGCCGGUGUUUUCAACGAGAAUGAGAUAAACUUUGCUGAAACCUUUAAAACACCCGGAAAGCUUCGCGGGCGAACACCGCGCACGAUAAACAAGAAAGAUGUCGUCCAGAAUAGAGCGCCAUUAUCUGAUAUUUUUACUUCGACGCCAAACGGAACUGCCACCAAGUUCAACCAAAUGCGAUCUCCCGCACAUGCAGAGCUGCUGAAGAAGCCGGUUACCCAAUCAGUCCCAGUAAAACCAUUCAAACCAGAUGCCGCGUCACAGCAGACUCAAGAUUCUGGAUAUGGAACCCAGAAAUAUGAUGAGGCAUCGUACGUGGAUCCGACAUUCGUGGAUCCGAUUAGCAGUCCUAUGCACGAGGAAGAGAAAGAGUCUAGUCCAGCCAAACAAAGCACUCCCGGAGUCGUGGCUGUGGACUCCCCCCAGCAACAUUUCGUCCCAACACAUGACGACAAUACCACGACAAAAUCGAUAUCAUCAACAAAUAAUUACAAAGAAACCCGCGAUAUCGACUCAUCUCCAUUAUUAGAUGUAGACGAUGAGUCAGAUUUUGAUGAUGACGUGAACGUCAAGCGUAUAGGGACGAGGUCUCCCUCGGAAGCGUCAAGCCCGGUUCGACAGAUGACGCGGAAGAGCAGUCUAAACUUUGCAUCUCUUCCAGCCCGGGAACCACUACCAGCAGCUAAAGCAAUGUCAGGUGGGCGCACCUCCCGACUCAGCUAUUCCAAAGCAACACAAUAUCCGCGACUUGGCAGCGACAGGAAUAACACGGGCAAGGUCGAGGUUGAGCAGACGGAGGAAAUUCAAGAUGAUUAUGACGCUCCUAAAAACGGUAUUGAGUCACCAGAUCCUUCUAAGACAUAUACACAACGAUUGCAGGAUCAAAUCAAACGCCUUGGACACUCUGAUGGAAAUAACGCGCCUCCACCAAUGACUCAACCACCAGCUCAAGCUGUAUCGAAGACAUUUGCCGGAACUAAGAUUGUUUCCCCUCAGAGAAGAGAAAGCAUUCAACAAACUAUACAGACAACACCAGGAGCCUUCCCCCAAGACGAUGACGAUGAUGAUUGGAUUGAGCCGCCUACGACUGUUAGACCUGGGCUACCAAAGAGUUACUCUGCCGACGUGAUGGAGGGUAUUCGUGAUAAAAACACUAUUGGACAGCCAGACUUUUCUAGGGAUGCUGAGCCUGAAGAUAACUUCACGCAAGGCAUCCUUGCAACACCUGGUGCUGCACCUGCCAGCCCUGUUGUGUCUAGGAUUCCGGCCACCUACUCAGAGACAGCCUUGACCCAAAUUCCAUCUACUUCGGACGCAGACUUUAGGGACGUAUUGAAGAGCACCGAGACGCGCCCCGAGUCACCAUCUCGCUUGUUCCGAGAGAGCCCUCUAAAGCAGGUAAAAAACAAGUUAUCCUCGAUUCUCAAGAGCUCGCGAGGGUUGCUUGCAAGCAGUGCUGCCAUUAGUGCUGAAAGCAAGUCUAUCCUGUCACCAUCUACUCUACGCCUUGGGCUCCACUCUACGCCGUCUGUAGAAUCGAUCUCAUCGCCACAGCGAGGCGCAUCUAAGACCUUGCGAAGUGCGGAUCUUGCUGUACCUGCCAGCCCAGCUCGAUCAACUACCCGAUCAGUAUAUGCGGCACCGGAACCGAAGGUUGACUCUAAUCGUGAAGCGGAGGCCAAAGCAAAGGCUGCUGACCAGCUGGCUAAGCUCGAACAAGCUCGAGAACAAGAACGUGAGAAGGCACAUGUUUUUAGCAAAGAACAGGAUCGAAUUGCGGCGAUGGAAAAUGAGAUUGCGCAAAAGAAGCACAUUGAGCGCAAAGCACUUCCAAGCCAAACACCUCGGGUAAACCGAAGCAGCCCCCGUAAGCCGAGGCUUGGUGAAGACAACGAUGCGCAUGAUGGAGAUCUCCCAAUGGCUGAUGCACCACUGCCAAUGCCCUCCUCUGCAGCGAAGGCGACCUCUACGACUGGUCACGCACUUCGAAAUAAGGAGAGCAAGCGUCCCGUCAAACCCAGCAGGGAGCCUUUAGUCAAAACCAAGCUUAUUCCUACAGUCAUUCGGGUUAAUACGGGGUCCCAGCACUCUCAAUAUCGCCCAUCUAGCCGCCAAUCAACGGGCCAGCCAGAGACUAUCCCGACGCCAAUAAUAACACAACCUCCUCAACUUGCCAGCAAAGCUAGCAAAGCUGCCCUACAGGCUAAACCAUCGACACAGAGCCUGCGAUCACUGUCAGCGGCGAAGAAGAAGGAGCAAGAAGAACGAGAAGCUCAACGUAAACGAGAGGCUAAGGCUGAAGCGGAUCGCAAGAAGAUUGCGGCUCAGGAGGAAGCUCGACGACAGGAGCAGCAGCGCCGAGCUGAAAUCGAACGCCAAAAACAAAAAGAACGAGAAGCGGCGGAAGAGAAGAAGCAUGCACAACGUCAAGCGGCAAUUGAGAAGGCGAAACAAACACGCGCACCGCCCCCCGCAGUACGUGCUCAGCCGAAUGGACCUCCAGAUUUCAGUCUCAGUCAACAGAAAUCUGUCCCACCUUCUGCACAAAAGGCGAGCGCUCACGCAAGCCGACCCCCAUCUCGUAUGGGACCUCCUGAGAAUGGUAACCCACGACUUGCAGGAUCUGUAGUCAGCAGUCUGGCUGCUGGACAGAAGCGCAUUCUUGAGACGAAUGAUAAGGAUGCAAAGCGACGCCGAACAAGCGAAAACUUUGACGAUAGCGAAUCCAGUAGUCAGCAUAUGAAAGGGCCGCCAGUUCGACCCUCCCCAGGCUUUAAGAAGGAUAUGCCAAAGGGUAUUUUCCAAAGCGGAUACUCUAAUGCACCAGCGAGUGCCACGCGCGACAUCUUCAAGGCUUCAGUGGCUUCUCAACAAGGCGCACAAAAGGGUGGCCAUCCUCUAGACAUGGCUCAAAUUUCGAAGGGAGGCAUCCCCUUCGCACCUAAUCAGAAUGGUGCAAGUUCAGCAUUUAAGACACCAGCAAGGACAGGACACGCAUUGCUUGCCAAGUCAACAGCAAAAUCAGUGUCCCGACCCUCACCGCAGUUUCAGAAUGGCGAGUCUAUCGAGUUGCCGGAGAUCCAAACAGAUGAUGAGGAUGAGGAUGAUGAUCCUGGCAUGCAGAUUGCAGAUUGGGCAAACUCACCGGCUCUCCACCAGUCUCUCGUUCACCAGGAGACUUUGGAUCCUUUACAAAUCUUUGGUGCACCAGGUCCGCUUAACAUGGAAGAAGUGUUUAACAAGCACAAGGAACGAUGGGGGAAGUUCCGUGCAAGAACCUCCAGUGCCAAUUGGAGUGGGUUAGAUCGCUUAACAGAGGACGAUGUACGAAAGGAUAUGGCGGCAAGAGAGAAGCUGCGCCGUGAAGGCGGAUGGUCUUACGAAAUGAGUCGCGAUAUGCUGUAAGUGGCUAUCAAUCCUUGUUGCCACAGGUUUGGUGAUGAUAAACGACAUGGAGCAACGGGACAUGGCGCAAGAAGUUUUCUUCUUCUUUUUUCGUAUUUUAUUGGGGCGUAACUCUAAUCAGGCGUUAGAAUUUCCACGCAUAGCAUAUUCUUAUAUUUAUUUUCUGAGCUUUAUUAGAGCUGUUGUUUUCUUCUUAUGUAUGCUUCUGUUAUACCAGCACGUGAUCCACCCGCCUAGUGUACCUUUUGCAUCGGUGCCCCUUGCCGGCAGUGGAGCCUGGGCGACCCCUUUCCCUUUACGGACGAAGGACGCCAGGCGAAAAAAAAAAGUUGCUACAUCAAUAGAAAGUUGCCCCUAC